GAGCAGGGAUUUUCCUGCCUCUUACCCCAGGCAGGGGGUCUGGAGCCAAGCAGAAGACCUGGCAGAAGGAAGCAAACAGGUGGGGUUAAGAAGGCCUGGGGGCAGAGUCCUGAAGCCAGCACCCUGGUCAACAGUGCCUGGGUGGCCGCCAGGGGGUGGGGCUGACGGGCUUUCGGCCGGGGCAGAGGAGCGCGCUCCUGGACACUUAGCUGAGGCAGGAGCAGGUGCCAUGGGCAUCCAGGGGCGACUGGCCUUUUUGGUGCUACUGCUGUUGCUGCUGCGAUGCCUGGGGUGGCCCGCGUGGCCUGCGGCAGUGGCCCUGACACUGCGCUGGCUCCUGGGAGACUCCGCCUGCUGUGUGCUGCUGGGCCUGGCUGUGCUGGCGUGGCCUUGGCUGGGCCCCUGGAUGCCCCACUGGCUGAGUUUGGCAGCUGUGGCCCUCACGCUGGCUCUGCUGCCUGCGCGGCCACCCCCAGGGCUGCGCUGGCUGCCCGCUGACCUGGGCUACCUCUUCGGGACCCUGCGCCUGGGCCUGAACAUCCAGGCACGCUUGAGGCGCCGGCCGCCUGACACCUUCAUCGAUUCCUUUGAGCGGCGAGCGCGAGUGCAGCCGGGGCGCCAGAUCUUGGUGUGGACCGGGCCGGGGAGCCAGGCGGUCACCUUCGGGGAGCUGGACGCCAGGGCCUGCCGGGCAGCUUGGGUCAUGAAGGCCGAGCUGGGAGGCGCCCUGGGCCCGCACGAGAGGGAGCCCACUGCCCUGCUGAUGCUGCCCUCGCAGACUGUUCCUGCCCUGGGCCUGUGGCUGGGGCUGGCCAAGCUGGGCUGUCCGGUUGCCUGGAUCAAUCCGCACGGCCGGGGGGCGCCCCUGGUGCACGCGGUGCUGAGCUCUGGGGCUCGGGUGCUGGUGGUGGACCCAGGCCUCCAGGAGAACCUGGAGGAGAUCCUUCCCAAGCUGCAGGCAGAGAACAUCCGCUGCUUCUACCUGGGCCACUCCUCCCCCACCCCGGGGGUGGGGGCUCUGGGAGCUGCCCUGGAUGCUGCGCCCUCAGACCCCGUGCCCGCUGACCUGCGUGCUGAGAUCAAGCUGCGGAGCCCCGCCCUGUUCAUCUACACCUCAGGGACCACGGGGCUCCCGAAGCCAGCCAUCCUCACGUACGAGCGGGUGCUGCAGAUAAGUGGGAUGCUGACCCUGUGCGGGGUCACGGCUGAUGACGUGGUCUACUCGGUCCUGCCUCUGUACCACACGAUGGGACUCGUCCUUGGGGUCCUUAGCUGCCUGGAACUGGGCGUGACCUGUGUCCUGGCCCCCAAGUUCUCUGCCUCCCGCUUCUGGGACGACUGCCGGCAGCACGGCGUGACUGUGAUCCAGUACGUGGGCGAGGUCCUGCGGUACCUGUGCAACACUCCCCAGCGGCCUGAGGACCGGUCACAUUCAGUCCGCCUGGCGAUUGGAAGUGGGCUCCGGGCAGAAGUGUGGGAGACCUUCCAGCAGCGCUUCGGCCCCAUUCAGAUCUGGGAAGCCUACGGCGCCACGGAAGGCAAUGUCGGCUUUGUCAACUACCCAGGGCGCUGUGGGGCCCAGGGCAAGUCAAACUGCUUCCUCCGAAUGAUGUCCCCCUUCGAGCUCGUGCAGUUCAGCAUGGAGACGGAGGAGCCUGUGAGGGACAAGCAGGGCUUCUGCAUCCCUGUGGGGCCAGGGGAGCCAGGGCUCCUGCUAACCCAGGUGCUGGCCCGCCAGCCUUUCGUGGGCUACCGCGGGCCCCGCGAGCAGACGGAAAAGAAGUUGGUGUACAACGUGCGGCGCCCAAACGACGUUUACUACAACACCGGGGACGUGCUGGCCAUGGACCGCGAAGGCUUUCUCUACUUCCGCGACCGCCUGGGCGACACCUUCCGGUGGAAGGGAGAGAACGUGUCCACGCGAGAGGUGGAGAGCGUGCUGUCACUCUUGGACUUCCUGCAGGAGGUGAACGUCUACGGUGUGGCUGUGCCAGGGUGUGAGGGCAAGGUGGGCAUGGCUGCCGUGCAGCUGGCCCCCGGCCAGACCUUCGACGGGAGAAGGCUAUACGAGCACGUGCGCAACUGGCUCCCUGCCUAUGCUGCCCCCCAUUUCAUUCGUAUCCAGGACGCCUUGGAGACCACAAGCACGUUCAAACUGGUGAAGUCCCGGCUGGUGCGCGAAGGCUUCAACGUGGGCAUUGUUGCCGACCCCCUGUUCGUGCUGGACCACCAGGCCCGCGCCUUCCAGCCCCUGACACCAGACAUAUACCAGGCGGUGUGUGAGGGCACCUGGCGACUCUGAGAGUCUAGUCAGCCCACAGGACAUCCAGAGGCGCUGGGCCCAAGGCGGCAGGACCAUCCCCCACGUGUAUGGUCCCCAGGAGCCCCGGCCUGGCCUUAUCCCCAGCUGCUCAGUGUGAGCCAACCCUGAGCCCUCGGCAGAUGGAGAAUAAACUCGGAUGUGCACACA